AUGGAGAACAACAGUAAAUUUGACAGUCCCACCAAUAUCUCCUUAGCCAACAAUGACUUGGUUUACAGCAUGGUCGAGUAUAAAGUCAUCUCAGUGUUCCUGGUCUUGUUGAUCUGUGGGAUUGGUAUUAUCGGAAACAUUAUGGUAGUUCUGGUGGUGUUCAUCACACGAGACAUGAGGACACCUACCAAUUGUUACCUGGUCAGCCUGGCCGUGGCAGACUUAAUGGUGUUGGUGGCGGCUGGAUUACCCAAUGUCUCUGACAGCUUGGCUGGCACAUGGAUUUAUGGUCACGCAGGCUGUUUGGGCAUAACAUACUUCCAGUAUUUAGGAAUCAACGCUUCCUCGUGCUCGAUCACUGCUUUCACAGUGGAAAGGUAAGACAGGCCAAAAGUCCUCUGAGAAGUGACUGAAAAUAUAUUACAUUAUGGCAGAAACAAUGCUCUCCAAACGUGCGCUGAAGGCAAAUAACGUAUUUCAUGAGGACGAUUGUGUGCAUUACAGAGGCAUUAACCUUUGAUUUUGUAUUUAUCGCUUCAUUACAUUUCUCUCUAUGUACUGGAUGAUGUACUUAGCUAGUUACAGCCGUGCUAUUGCGAAGAAUUCACAUUCAGUGUUUUCUCUGUUUUAAACUAAUAUUGUUUGCUACAUUAUGUAUCUCAGCAUCUUCACCUGCUGGAGAUAAUAGAUAUAGCUCACAGAAUGUUCCCUAUCUUUCUCCUUUUAUCUCCGUUCUAUCCUUUGUGUUCUCCGUUCUGUUUUCCAAAUCUUUCUUUCUUUUCUUCCCUCUGUCUUUCUCUUCCUCACCUUUUUUUCCUAUUUCAAUAAAAGAACACCAAUGGGUGUAUUUAGCACUAAUUAUUUAAUGUAUUAUAAAGAUGUCACAGUUAUCUCAGCUAGUCCUGCCCAUCUCAUUACUGUCAGUGUUAAAUAAACGUGAUUGAAAAUUGGCAGUGAUUCCCCUCAGUUGCACAAGUUAUACUCAUUUAGUUUGUUGAUGAAUGAGACAUCACAAGUAGAUCUACUGAAGCAAGGAGUAACUACCUUUAUUGUGACUUUUGUAUAUUUCCCACGAACCUCUGUUGUGCAUUCUUUCACAAGCACAAGGAAGACAGGGGCAUCGCUAGGUGGGGGGGUGGGAAGGUGAACACUGGCUGGAGCCCCAAGUGAGAUCCUGAAACUCUCGGGCCUUAUUAUGUCUCCAAGUCCUUGCUAUCUUUAAUGCACCAUGUUUGGAGUUAAUUAUACAGCUCAGAGGGGGUAGGGCAGGCGUGCCCAUAAAGUAGAUCCCCAUAUACUGCUGAACUCCCCCAAUGCUUCGUCAUUUUAAAGGCAUGCAAAGCAUUAUAGGAGUUGUAGUUCUAAAACAUCUGCGGAUCUACCUUUUGGGCACCCCUGGGGUAGGGUGUUAAUGCUUUGGUGAAAGGGUUAAUAACAGAAUGGCUUGAGGUUAACACAGCACAUGUGGUGUAUAUAGAUCCAUGUUAUACUCUGAUACAUUGUGCUGUAUAGAACACAUUAGGGUUUAGGAUUUGGACUUGGGACAUGGUUUAUUUUAGGAGGGGCCAUAAAUAUAUAUACCCUUGGGUAGAAGCCCAUGGUAUUUUUUUGCCACUUAGCAACCUAUGUUCCUGGCAUGAGGUUUUUAUCAUAUUUUGCAAACAAUUAUAUAAUAUUUAUAUAACACCAACACAAAAUACCUUGUGUGAAACAUAAUUAGAUGGAUCAUGUCAAUCAAAUAUACACCUCGAAGUGUCCCUCUAAAUGCAGUUUGGUACCUAAACUAUGAUGUAAAUAAAUGUAUCUGUGGAUCUUGUAUAUUGUAUGGACACGAUUACUGGUAAAUUCAAACAUUAUGAAAAUAAAAGGAAUUUCAUCUAGCCCCUCGCAAAAUAUGCUACAGAGGAAAAUUAUUUGCGCACAGCAGCGAGUAUUGCUUCUACUAAAUGUCAUUUAUUAAAGUUUUUCUUGACAUGCAUUAGUCCAUAAUUCACCCAGCUCAAUGUGUAGGUAAAGAAAGGGGUUUGUUGGCUAAAUAGCGAGUCAUGAUGAGCAGACAAGCAUAUUUCAAAAUGUAGGAUCAAAGUUAUAGGUGGUUUUCAAUGUGGAAUUUCAAUAGUGUAUUUUUCAGAGAUAUGACAGUUCCAUUUUAAUGGACAGUACCUUCGUAUGUUCUAAAUGAGGUAACUUUCAAAAUAUUACCACGUAGACAAAACAAAACAAAAGCAUAGCCUAUAGGUAGUUAGACUUGAGCAAAGGUUUGUUUCGCACGAUUUGUCCAAAUUCAAAUAUCUUUUAAUCCCCACCUUAACGAGUCUAUUGCCCAGGAUCUACCUGUGGAGUCUUAUUUUUUUAAUUCAACGAUUAAAACUCCACUUGUAAAUCUCACACUAUCAUCUCAUCUGCGUGUGGAUUAAAAAACAUUUGAUUCUGAUGAACCGUCUGAAACAGACUUUUGCACAAGUCUAAUAGUUAUCAUAAGUACACUCGGUUAGUAAAUAUUUUUUAUAUCUGACAGAUACAUUUAUCGAUUAUCCCUGAUCUCUGUUUACCUGCGUUUAUUCUCUAGGUACAUUGCUAUUUGCCACCCAAUGAGGGCACAGACCGUUUGCACUGUGUCGCGGGCUAAACGUAUCAUUGCCGUAGUGUGGAUCUUCACGUCGAUUUACUGCAUGCUCUGGUUUUUCCUGGUUGAUAUACACGUUAACAAGACCCAGCAGGUGGAAUGUGGCUACAAAGUAUCCCGUAACCUCUACCUGCCCAUAUACCUGACGGACUUUGCUAUUUUCUAUGUUAUCCCGCUUUUCGUGGCCACCGUCCUGUACGGCCUGAUUGGGAGGGUUCUGUUUCUCAGCCCCAUACCCCAUCAUCCUGAAAGCACUACCGACCGUUGGAGGGAAAAGAGUUCCAAGGAGAAAAAUGGCUCCCAAGCAGACACCAACAAAACUGCUAACCGCCCCAGGCCCAAGGGGGCGCUCUCCUCCAGAAAACAGGUAAUAGAGCAAUACCACAAGCGUAAAACAUGAGAAACAUAUAUAACACUAUGAAGGUCUGACCCAAAUUGGAAAUGAGACAUUACUGGUGUUACUAUUUUGUAAAAUAUGAUACUCUCUGUAUAUAUUUUGCUGAAGACUGAUGUUGUAUAUAUACAUACUUGGCUUAGCACUCCCCCUUUCUGUCCAUACAUAAAAUGAAAAUUAAUGCCAUGGUGCAAUCCCACGUUGAAAAUAUAUAGUAUUGAAAAAAGAGAUGCACUCUGCGGUCUUCAAUAUGGGAAGUGGUAUUCUAUUCCAUAUACAUGUUUACAUGUAUCCGAUCGACGUUUGGUGAGACAUUGGUGAGUACACUUACAAAUUUAUUAUAUAUAGAUUAAUAUUGGGGUAACACAUUGAUCUUGAGGAAGACCCGAACGGGUCGAAACGUUCAUCGGAUACAUGUAAACCUGUAUAUAGAUUAAAAUACCACUUCACUUAUCAAAGACCGCAGAGUGCAUCUCUUUUUUCAAUACUAUAUAUAUUCAUUUAUUAUAUUCCAAUAUGUAUAGGUUUGUGAAAGAAAUGUAAUAAUACUAUUUGUACCUCUUUAAGAGAGUGCACAAACUAAAGAUCGUGUUACAUAAAAUCAGUCAUAAAUGGGACAAUUCUAGCCAAAAUAGGACAAUCAUGUUCGCAUGCAGGUUUGAGGGCACAGUAUGAGGUCACAUUAUUUUUGGGGUACCAGAUUACAGGUUACAUGACCCAGUGGCAGCUAACUUUCUCUGUAAAGCAAUCUUACGCUAAAUCAGUACAAUUAUAGCUGUUCCAGAUUGAUAUAUUCUUGGGGUGAUUACCUGCACCCAGUAAAUAGCCUGGGGUGUAUCCAUGGCCCCUAUUUCCCCCAGUUCGUACAUCCAUGCACAGCACUUUAUAAAGCUAUCUCCCGGUACACAUGGCCAGUGCAGAAUCUUGACUCACAUUACUUUAACAAAGAUGUUAAUUUCGUGUAGGUUAAAGAUCCUUAUCUCUCAUUAUUUCCAAAGUUCACAGGUUGAAUAUUUCUCUGAAGGAAUCUGUGCUCAGUACUAGCUUGCAUUUUUUGUAUAAUUAAUAUAUUAUCUUUUGCCUGAAAAAUACCGACAUAUUCUUUGCGUGAUUAUAAUUAAAAUAUUCUGUUUUUUUGUUUUUUUUAUAAAAUGGAAACCUAUCACCCUUGCAUAAUGAUAAUUCAUUUCCUCCUGUGGGAUUUAUUAUAUUUUAAAUUACAAAUUUUACAUCAGAAUAUACUAUAUAUACACUGAAAGAAAUGUGACUGUUUUUCAGUUCACUCCAAUUCCCACUUAGUGAAUAAGCCCUUCAUACCUUGAUACAGUAACACAAAGUUUAAGGUAUUUGCAUCUUUAAAAAACCCCAAAACAAUCUAAGUACCAGAACCACUGCAGUAUACUGUAGUGACAAUGGUGUCAGGAGUGCCUGGCACCCUCCCCAAUGUAAGUAAUCAAUACACAUUCUAAUGGUCUACAUGGGGUGCAACAUGCGCCACUUCCUGCUUCAAUGACAGCGGAACCGCUCUGUUUAACCUAAGUGCAGGCCUGUCUUAUUGCCUGAGAACAAUCAGCUGACACUCUCAGCUAAUGAGCUGGACCUGCCCUGAGGUUAGCGCAGGAGAGCUAACAGAAUCUUCGAACAGGAGCUUCAGACUCUGAGCACCAGGAGAGAAGGGGAGGGGCAGCGCAUGGUGGACUGGGUACCAUAACCACUAUGGUGCUAUGUGCGCACAGACAUGCACAGUACAUAGUACUUACAGUGUCUCUUUAAAUCAGCUACAAAAGGUUAUUAUUUGCACAAGAGCCUUCCAUUUCUUUAGGCGCUCCGUACAUGUAAAGCAAUUUAAGUUUGUAGAAUAUGCCUGCGAAAUUAUGGGGUUUUAGUGUUUAUAUGAGAUGUGUGAUUGGCAAAGUGCAAGAGAAAUAUAUGAUGUCGCGUCGAGUGCUUUGUCAAUCACAGCGUCUGGCUUAGAACAUCAACUACUAAUUUGCACUGGAUAACCAAAUGGGGCCAACUUAAAAUGUCGUCCAAUUUCCAUAGCAACAUAACUAUACUGCAAGCAGUAUUCUGAAUAUUACUGUACUAUAAAAGACAAACUACUAUGUGAAGACACUUCUAAAGGUUGGAUAGGCUGUGUCUGUGGCAAUAGGUACAUGAAGGGGUUUACACAUUAAAUGCUGAAUUGUAGAGACUUGAAAACUGAAUUGGAAAAUGUAGACUAAAAUAACUACGCUCUGACUACAACUCACAUGGAGAAUUAUGCAAAAUCGGUUAUUUUGGCCUUAAAAUCUGUCCAUUUCUAUUUUAAUUUGCUGCUAUAUGGUGUUUACUGAACAAACUCUAAGUCUACUGCCUGGAGAUUUAGGAUUAAAAAGGAGGUAAUACGUAAAUUUGGCUAACCGCCUAAAGAAAGGAUAAGGAAAUUCCAGUAUAGAGGGCAUAGGCAUGCGCACGGGGCGUGCCGGGUGUGCCUGGGCACACCCUAAUCCCCGCGGCACGCCUAUGGAGUGAGCCUGGCAGGGGAGAUCUCAGAAAGGAUCCCCACCUCCACUGGACCACCAAGGAAGGCAGCAGCAGGAUACCCCUCCCUACAAAAGGUAAGAAGGGAGGGGGGAUAUUAAGUAAUCUGCCCCCACCUCCACUGGACCACCAGGGAAGGCAGCAAGGAACAAGAAUCCCCCCUUCCUACAUAAAGUAAGAAGGGAGGGGGGAUAUUAAGUAAUGUACCCCCACCUCCAACCCCUACAAUCACCCACACACAUGCAGCACCCACACACAUACAGCACCCACAGACGUACACAGCACCUACACACAUACAGCACCCACAGACAUACACAGCACCUACACACAUACAGCACCCACACACAUACAGCACCCACACACAUACACAGCACAUACACACAAACAGCACCCACACAUAUACAGCACCCACACACAUACACAGCACCUACACACAUACAGCACCCACACACAUACAGCACCCACACACAUACACAGCACCCACACACAUACAACACCCACAGACAUACAUAGCACCUACACACAUACACACACACGCAUACAGCACCCACACAUACAGCACCCACAGACAUACACAGCACCUACACACAUACAGCACCCACACACAUACACAGCACCAACACACAUACAGCACCCACACACAUACACAGCAUCAACACACAUACACAGCCCACAGACAUACACAGCACCUACAGACAUACACAGCACCAACACACAUACAGCACCCACAGGCAUACACAGUACCUACACACAUACAGCACUAACAGACAUACACAGCACCUACACACAUACAGCACCUACACACAUAAAGCACCCACAGACAUACACAGCACCUACACACAUACAGCACCCACAGACAUACACAGCACCUACACACAUACAGUACCCACACACAUACAGCACCCACACACAUACAGCACCCACAGACAUACACAGCACCCACACACAUACAGCACCCACACACAUACACAGCACCAGCACACAUACAGCACCCACACACACAUACAGCACCCUUACAAACACGCACAGCACCCUCACAAACACACACAGCAACCUUACACACAGCACACAAACAGCACCCUCACACGCAGCACACAAACAGCACCCUCUCACACACACAGCACACUAACAGUACCCUCACAAACACAAACAGGACCCUAACAAACACACACACGGCACACUACCAAUACCCUCACACACAAACAGCACCCUCACACACAGUACAUUAUCAGCACCCUCACAAGCGCGCACACACAAACACCCUCACCCACAUAGUACACUACCAGCACCCUCACACACACAUCACACUAACAGCACCCUCACACAGCACACACACAGCAGUGUAUGUGUGUGUGUAUAUAUGUGUAUAUAUAUAUAUACAUAUAUAUAUGCGGCGUGUGCUUGUGCUUUAGGGUGCCUAUGAUAGAUGGUAUAUGGUGCCAGGUAGAUUGUCCUGCAUAUUCUCUACUGCCUCUAACAUGUGUUUGAGGUGCUCACAAGAGACAGGCAUAAUGCUCCAUACCUGUUGGACGCACACAGCCAUUAAGUCAUUUUGGAGCAUAGUGGAAAACAUUGCGUCUAAAGCACUAGGAACAGACACAACACUCACCCCUGAACUAUGCAUUUUAUUUAUAUCACAAACACUUUCAGAGAUCGGCUGCAGUUCUACUUUUUCAUAUAUUUGUAGCAGCGAACCUUUUGAUAGCUGGGUCAUGGAAGUCCACUGAUACACCAACAUCUUAUCAAAUAAAAAAAUAGAGUUGGGUGAAUUACGGAGGGUGCGCUAGAAUGGGGAAGUACUCACAGAGACCACACUAAUGGUAGAAAUAUUUUAGAGCAUGUAAGUGAGAGCCAAAAGCAUUGAGGAGGACUAUUGGCACAUUAUAGAAACCAAUAGAGAGAGAAUUACCCCUAUUUCAUGAGGUCGACCGGCACUGCUACUUAAGGGUUAUCACCCAAUUCUGUAAAAUUGCUGAGCCGAUGUAUAUAGGUGACUAAAAAUGAACCAUAGGAUGAGAGCCUACAGAUAUUUUCAUGUAAAAUAGGACGCAUGUAAAUACUGAGCAUAUCAAUUUGUGUAUUGAUCUAUUCAGCAGAGCGUAUUGGUAUCUGUCGAUUGAUUCUGUUAACCCACCGAUAUCAUUGUGAACUCCCUCCUUUCUCUUUUUUUCUCUACCCCCAAAUUACCUUUGACUCAUUAAAAAUUGUCAAGUUGAAAAAAUAAAAGAAGCUAAAUAAAUGGCUAAUAAAGGAAAACUAUAGUGUUAGAAUUCAAACAUGUGCUGCUAAUGCUCUAGUGCCCUAUUUGUUGGUUUGUUUAGGAACUUCCAUUUCCAGUAAAAAAAACAUAGAAAAAAGGACUUUACUUCCGUGCCAAGACUCCCUCGGUGCUGCUGACCCUCCAACUGUUGCGCAUGUGCCGUGAGCACCCCACGCAACCAAAGCCGUCACACAGGAAAAGCAUUGAUUUCACACUUCCUGUGAGCUUCCAAGUCAUGUGACCCAGUUUUACUCAGUCAGUGAAGGCACCUCUAGUGGCUGUCAGUGUUAAAGCCACUAGUGGGGUGUUGAACCCUGUAAAGUAAACAUUGCAGUGUCUAAAAAUUUUAAAUAAAAUGUUCUACAUUGCAGGGUUCAAACUAAAGGAUCACUGCAUCCUGACCACUUCAUUAAGAUGAAACGGUCCUUUAAUAGUUAUAUAACAAUAUUGAUAAUAAUUUGCUGCCACUAUAUGCUGUUGUGCUAUAUAAUAAGUAAAUUAAACAUGCAACAAAGUGUGUCCAAAGAUUUUUGGUUUUGACUUGCCCCCGCCCUUUUCUCCUUCCCCCUUCCCCCUUUUUCCAGUUGUACUUUUUGUUUGUGUUACAAUAAUUAUAAAAUUGAGACCUGUAUAGGUAGCAGCUUACACUAUAAAGGGGGUGGUGGUACAUAAAAAUGUUAUAUACGAAAUAUAUAAUAUAAAAUCUAAAACGGCAUCAAAGGGUUUAUUCAUUAAAGACAAAAUUGUAGUGAAUUGAUGGCCAAAUUGGAAAACUUAAUAAAAAAAUAAAAAAUAGCUGAUUUGUAAACUUUAUCCAAUUCAGCUACAGUCACAGCUUGGUUAUGCCUUAUGCAAAACCUAAGUUUUCUGAUUCUAUUUUUUUAAUUAAUUGGAUUAUUGUUGGGAAUUCCAAGUGAAUUUUAUAUUUAUUGGAUGAACUCCUGAUUGAGUUUGCUGGUCUAAACAGACUAGGAAUUAUCAGACAUUUCUUCUUUCAAAGGAAACUAUCGUGCUAGGAAUACAUAUAGUGUGCUCCCUUGCACCACCCACUCCUCCCACUGGUUCCAGCGCCGAAGUCUCUCGGUACAAGGUCAGGCUCUGCCUCUGCCUCUGCCCCAUCUCUACUGAUGCCAACCGACGGCGUAAGGGGGGAGCUAAUGCACAUGUGCUUUCAAUUACAAUUGCAGGUUUAAACUGACAGGGACACUGCACCCAGACUACUUUAAUGAGCUGAAGUGGUCUGGGUGCCUAUAGUGUCCCUUUAAUGAACUUUUGCACAUUAAUCAAAUUCCCAGUUCCGAGCUUAUUGUUAUUGAUUAUAUAUUGAUUGUUUUUUCUGAUCUACGUAAUGUGUUGCAACAUAUAAUAAUACUUCCCUUAACGACCCAUUCAGUAAAAUCGCAUUAGUAAUGCAGAAACUGAAUUCGUUUACUGAGGUCAUUGAAGUGUCGAUGUGAUCCCCUAGGGCUGUAUUAUGCCUUUAACAUGCAUCGUACAUGUUUGCUGACUUGGGUAAUAACUAGCAUUCUUUCCCGGAGAGAUUAUGAAUGGAAGAUAUUUGGGUUUCACUAAACUUAGGAGCAUUGUCUGUGUAUUAUAAUUAUAAAACAUCCACAUGGAUACAUUGCUAUAGAUCAUUAUAAAAUAAGUUAUUUGGUUGUGAAAUGACAUCAUUUGGUCAGGGUGAUUUACUAAGAUGUGAAUUGUCAGGAGAUAAAAGUCAAUGUAAAAUGUCACUGCGUUGUUUAGAUCACUGACAGCCCCACAGACAGCUGUGAAUGACAAUCUGUCAGACCUGAUUUGCUGACUGCUAUUAAAUUGACUAAAUUGGCCGUAUAACUUUCAGGAAAUGAUGGAAACCAUGUAAAUAUAUUUUAAUAAUCCGGGCUAAUAAAUUAAUCUUUUAUGAGUUAUUUUGUUUUAAAAUUUCCCCUCAUUUUAAAACAUUUUAUUUGUACUUAGUCUUUUGCUCAGUGUAUCUGUAAAGAAUUAUCAGAAUGUGUGUAUGUGUGUAUAUGUGUGUGUGUGUAUAUAUAUAUAUAUAUUCUAUAUGUGCACUUAGACUUAAAGCUUUAAUUUACGGUGGACCAAACGCAUCCUCACAUGCCUCAGUCACUAAGAGGUUAAAGAAUACUGACCUUUUCAAGUAAUCUCACACCCUACCCCCACCCCUCCCUCCAGUGCUGUACAUGUCAUUGGGCAAUAUGAUAUUAUAGAGGGACGUGUAUUUAAUAGCAUAGGGUUAACAGCUGCAUGAAAAAUGCUUUUAUAGUAGUGAAUUUGUUUCGUAGAGCACUUAGCAUCCAUUUGGUGGUGCCAGUAAGAGGUAUUGCAGCUGCGUACCUCCCUUGAGAACGCUACCUGUGAUCGUACUUUGCUCUCUCAGUGGGCCAACGUCCGCAAUUACAUGGGAAUGGGUGGGAUUCGGAGACUACAGAUCUGUCUGCUCCCCUCAUAUCCAGAAACACAAGCUAAAACUGACGGGGAACUAUUGGGAAAAACUCUAUAUCAUUAUGUUGUAGCACAUAUUAAUAUAUGUUAUCCCGCAAAGGUAUAACGGCCAUAUACAUAUAAAAACAUAUAAAAUAUAUUAGGGAUUAUAUUACCGCCUCCGGAUUCUCUAUUGUCAGCAAGGGUCAAGGUGACAGUAAUCCAAACAGUUAGACCAACUACUGUCUGUACAAUAAUCAGGGAACACGGCAGCUCACACUGGAGGGAACAUGGCAGCUCACACUGGAGGGAACAUAGCAGCUCUCACUGGAGGGAACACAGGAGGGAACACGGCAGCUCACACUGGAGGGAACAUGGCAGCUCACACUGGAGGGAACACAGGAGGGAACAUGGCAGCUCACACUGGAGGCAACACAGGAGGGAACAUGGCAGCUCUCACUGGAGGGAACAUGGCAGCUCACACUGGAGGCAACACAGGAGGGAACAUGGCAGCUCUCACUGGAGGGAACAUGGCAGCUCUCACUGGAGGGAACAUGGCAGCUCACACUGGAGGGAACACGGCAGUUCACACUGGAGGAAACAUGACAGCUCAAAGUGGACGUAACAUGGGAGGGAACAUGGCAGCUUACAUUAGAGGGAACACGGGAGGGAACACUGAAGGAAACACGGCAGCUCACAGUGGAGGUAGCAUGGGAGGUAACAUGGCAGCUUACAUUAGAGGGAACACGGGAGGGAACACUGAAGGAAACACGGCAGCUCACAGUGGAGGUAACAUGGGAGGGAACAUGGCAGCUUACAUUAGAGGGGACACGGGAGGGAACACUGGAGGGAAUACGGCAGCUCACGCUGGAGGGAAUACUAUGUAAAGGGGACAGAAUUGCAGAGGAGGGUGUACCACUGAUACAAUGUGUGUCGUUAGUGGUUGGAAAGUAACAUUUCUCCAUGUUGGUGUCUCAAGUAAGAGUGAUUUGCAAAGUCCUGUUUGAUGUUCAAGGAGUUAAACGUCAGAGUCCUCCUGUCACUCUAGCUCUCCGUGCCCUGACGCGUGUCGCAGGGAGCAGUGGCCAGCGCACAGGCACUGAACGCUGGGACCACACAAAUCAGUUUUCCUAUCAGUGCUCCAGAAAUCCAUUAGCUAUUUUUUCCUCUUCUCUGACUACUGCUGUAUUGUUUAUUAAAAGCAGAAAUAAGACACUCUCGCUGGUAGUGUUGCGUUCAAGUGGAUAUGGCCUGCUGUGAGAUUGGAUUGUUUUACACUUUAAUACCUGCACUUUUAUGAAUACAAUUACAGCAGGAAAGGACUGCAACAGCUGUGCUUUCUCCUUAAUUCUCUAAGAAGAAAAAGGAGUUCAGCAAGUCGAGGUCAUAAAAGAAAAAUAUGCCGUUAUUACGAAGCAUACUGCGCCAGAAAUCAUGUUAUCUAUUUAUAUAUUGAUAUUCCUACUGAGUUUGCAUGCAGUAGUUCUUAUUUUUCUAGCAGGUUCCUACAUAUGAAAUAUAUCCGAAAUUCCUGCAGUUUAUCAGGAAGAGUGAGUAUGCUGCGUACCAGACUUGGGGAUAUUUGUAGGUUUAUGUGUCCCCAUAUGACUAUUCUUCUGGGGACGGGAGGGGUGUGUGUCGCACCUGGGCAGGGAACCAUAUGGAGGAGGCCAAUGCUAGCCUCGGAGACCCAUCGACAGGUUUAAAAGAGGAGCCGUCAUUUCCAAUUAUUUGUAAUAAUUCAUUUACUUAUCCUGUUUACUUAAAGGAUAACACAAAAAAACAUAACCAUUACAACUCACUGAUGUGGGGAUGGUGCCAGGAGUUCCCUAAUGCCCACCUCACCCCAAAUUAGCAAUUGUGAAUAAUCAAACUGUUUUAGAAUAGUUUAGCUUCUCACCCAGGGUUCCGCAUUCCUAAACAUCUUGAUUAGUUAUAAUGGUAGGGGGGUGGGGGAGAGGGGUUCUGGAAACUUCUGGCACCAUAAGUAUUGCAUCAUGCUGUUGUGGUUAUAGUGUUUUGAGUUCUCCUUAACCCCUUAAGGACCAAACUUCUGGAAUAAAAGGGAAUCAUGACAUGUCACACGUCAUGUGUCCUUAAGGGGUCAAAGGGCUAAAGGGCUAAAUAACAGAGUUACAGCUGAAUUGAAGGCAUUUUUGAAAGUUGUUAAAUUUAGACUCUCAAGUACUGUAGACUCACAGUGAAUGAGCCCAUGGCUGUCUUCUGGUUACUGGUCUUUUUGGAUUACAACCCGUGCUUUAGUUUUAAAAAAGCUGUGUUUAAUACAGCGUACCAUUGCCACAGUACUCACAGAAAUGCAGAAUGAAGUCUGAAACACAAUGCCUGUCUGUGCUUAUAACGGAUUCCCCAUACUACCGAGUAUAACUGCGGCCACCCAGCCGAACAAUUAGAACCCUCGAUUAUUGAGGUGUCAGGAGAGGUCAACAUGGGGUUAACAAGCACAGAGGUGGUCCACAGUUCGUGAGUCUGUUCGGUUCCCGAACAGUACAAAUAAACCCCAUGAACCAAGUCUUUUUACAGGUCCUUUCCAUGGCCUAUAGUCCUGGGGCAGGAGGCUAGCUAGCAGGCUCCUCCAGGAGCUCGGGGUGAAAGGAAGUUUGUCACAUUGCUCACUUGCAUCUGAAGUUAGGAACUCUGGGAAUGUUGUGGAAACAGGAAAAAAAAAGUCCAACUUGAGACGUGUCGGUGAUGCACAAAUAUGUUUUCAGUUAAUACUGUUCUAUUAACCAUAAAUAAUUGCAUCUCUACAUGACUGAGUUCCUGAAAAAUGACUGGCCAACAGUUUAAGAACUGGCUUCAAAUAGACUUGUUAAUUACUGAGCCGUAUUCCUCUGCUAGAUGUUGUAUGUGAUCAUGCAUGCAAUAAUAUCUACAGACUCCUUAAAGUGGUUUAAGAUUUAUAAUGCAGAUUAUGGAUCAGACACAUGACCUUAGUGAUAGGUAGAUCAAGGCUCUGUAAAUAGUGAGCUGAUCCCUUCAAAUAAGUUCACAGAAGUUCAGUCUGAUCACAGAAUGGCUAAUCACAUCUUUAGGUAAAUCACUCAGUGACAAACGAAGUACCCGUCACCCCGAGAGUCCUUAUUAUCUUAUAAGUAAUCUUUAAUAGUGGUUAAACAAACAAACAGGCAUAUUCCUAGUUAAAUUGCCUUUCCUACACCCUUAUUUACUAAAUACAUCCAAUUUUUGUAAAUAAUACUAUUAAUUGCAAUAAGCUAAAAAAAUUCCAUAGAAAUAUUACUUUCCAAAUGACCUGGGUGGUUCAGUCCCAAACUUGUGCCCCUGUUCCACCCUCCCUCUUUCUUGAGAAAGAGUAGCGCAUUGCGUUCGGCAAUAACAAGUUGAAACAAUAAAGACAUAGAAGCAGGUACUUCAUGUAGGAAAAGAUUACACAUUAGUAAUAGUGAGACAUGGAAUAAAUUAUCGUCAUAGAGGAAUAAGGAACUCAGGUUCCGAGAUUGACGGAAUGGUUUUAAUGGCUUUGUGAUUUUCUUUAUAAUAAAUAACAUUAAGUAGAUUUCCUUUGAGCAAACUGUUCAUGUCCUUCAACCUGCUCAUAUUUGUAUAUUUGAAUGGAAUAGCAAUUAUAAAGAUUAAUUUAUUUUUUUUGCUUGAAUUAUUGUUUGUUGGCACAAUAUGUCAGAAAGAUGUUUGUUUUUUAUGUUGAAUAUUGCAAAAUACCUUUUCAAUAAUAAAAACAAAUAUGUGAAAAGAAAGAUGUUUGCCGAUGCCUCACAAUAGGACUAUUCUAUGGCAAAAUGUUCUUCGGCAAAUGGAAGGCAGAGUGAGCCCCUUUCCCAUCAGAUUCACAUACAAAUAUGACCCUAUUAACUAUCCCUACUCAUACUAUACCAUGCAGAUAAAUUAUUCAAAAUGAUUUCUCACUUUUUAUUAAAGGGACCUUCCAGGCUCCUAGAGCACUUCUACUUGCUUUUUUUUUUUUUAAAACACUAACCUUGUUACAACUCCCCCCCUCCCUCUCCAACUGUCAAUCAGAUAUCAGGUCCAGUUACUUCCUGGUUUGGUUAGCUCAGUGGAGACAAACUCAAGAGGCAGCAAAAACCCAGAGCACCUGCCUUGCAGAGACUUCUCAUAGAGCUGCAUUGGGAAGUCUGUGAUUGGACAGUCACAGAAAGUCUGGGAGGGGUUAGAAGGGAAGGGCUUAUAAAGGCUUAAGAUAAGAUCUGCAGCUUUUGCAAACAAUUUUUAGCUAUACCACCAAUGACAAAUGCAUAGUUAAAUUAAUGCAUGUUUUAAUUGGGGGUAUAUUUGCUAAACUGAAAUUUUUCAAAAAAAAUGUGUUAUUUCCCACUAGUGCGUGUUUUAGUAUUAUCCCCAAAUACCGGUAUACAGAUAGAGUUAUGCAUAAGCCAUGGACUAUUGGAAGCACCGGAGUACUGGUUUGAGAAUUGCUGUUGUACAAUAUUUAUGUUAUCAGUUCAUUAUCUUUCUCUUUCUUUUUACAGGUCACCAAGAUGUUAGCAGUGGUGGUGAUACUCUUUGCUCUUUUAUGGAUGCCCUAUCGGACCUUAGUUCUAGUCAACUCCUUCAUGAGUAACCCAUACCUGGACGCUUGGUUCCUUUUGUUUUGCCGUAUUUGCGUCUAUGCCAACAGUGCCAUCAAUCCUGUGAUUUAUAAUGUGAUGUCCCAGAAGUUUCGCACCGCCUUCAAGAGACUGUGCAAGUGUGGACAUGAAGACACCCAAAGGAGGAGUAUGUACAUGACCACUAAUAGCUACAGCAUGGUUCGAGAUGCAAACACUGGAGCGGAGAAGAAAGACAAGGCUGUCCUACAGAAACCUGCGGUUCUAGCAAAACAGACCAGCAUUGGAGGAAUUGAAGGAGAACUUUACUACAGCGUCGUUUAA